AUGCUGGCCCUCGGGGCGGCCCGCGUCCUGCGCCGUCCGUUCGCCGCCUCGCUCAGGAGGCCUCCCUUUGCUUCCGCCGUCUGCCACCGCUCGUCUUCUGGGGGCGGCGAUCCCGGAUGGUACCAGCAGGCGGCGCACUCGGCUCCCGUGCGCCUGGCCGAAGACUUCCUGGUGGAGAUCCAGCAGAGCGGCGCGGUCCCCUGGUGGCUGGCCAUCGGCGCGGCCACCCUGGGUGUCAGGACGCUCGUCACGCUGCCUCUCGCCGUGUACCAGACGCGGAUCCUCGCCAAGAUAGAGGGGCUUCGACCGGAGAUCACGGCGCUGGCCGAGCGGUUGAAGUACGAAGUGUCAAUGAGGGCCGCCCAGCGAGGCUGGACGGACAAGCAGUGUCGGUUUCACUUCCGCAAGAAUCUCCGGCGUUUGAUGUCAGAGCUGUACGUGAGGGACAACUGUCAUCCCUUCAAGGCCUCGGUGCUGGUCUGGGUGCAGCUGCCGCUUUGGAUUAGCCUUUCGCUCGCACUCAGAAACCUCAGCGUGCAACCCUCGGAGCAUCAACCCUCCUUGGCUACAGGGGGUGCUCUGUGGUUCCCUGACCUGACGUUGCCCGACGCCACUUGGCUCCUCCCAAUCUCUCUGGGUCUAACCAACCUGCUCAUUGUGGAGUUAUUCGCCCGGCAGAUGACCACUGUGAGUUCAGUCCAAAAAUGGGUGAGCAACGUCAUGAGAGGUAUAUCUAUACUGAUGAUUCCCAUCGCCGCCAACGUCCCUUCGUCUAUGGUGCUUUACUGGUUGAUCUCUAGCUUGGUGGGCUUGAGUCACAAUCUCCUGCUUCGCGCUCCCGCCGUCCGCAAGGUCCUCAGAUUCCCCAAACACCACCCCGACUCCCCGCCGGAUCAGGCCGGAAGAAAGCACGGCGAGUAA